GUGUGUUUCGAUGACAAACAUAUGUUAAAAUUCUCAUUAACAGUUGAACUUUGGAAAAGCAACCCUGCGAAAAGUCUUUGCAAACACUGCUGUUGAGAUAAAUUAAAAUUGUGGAAAAUUCAUUGUCACUUGUGAUUGUAUUAAAAACGUCUGAAAGUUGGAAGUGCGCAGUAUUUAGCAUAGAAAUUGAUAAAAUCGGUAAAAAAAAACAAUAAUUAGGUAUAUAAUUUGUAUGCAAAAUGUUAAUAAAUCUUAAGGUAAAGACGCUUGAUGCACAAACUCACGAAUUUAGUGUUGAUAAUGAGAUUACUGUGCGGGAAUUCAAGGAUAAAAUCGCUGAAAAAACGAAUAUUGCCGCGGAACAGCAACGCAUCAUUUACUGCGGUCGGGUCUUGGCAGAUGAGAAGCAAUUGAAAACUUAUGGUGAGUCACCGAACCAAGUCUAAUCGGUUAGUUAGUAAGAAAG